GCUCAAGGCACAGGACACGGCGUAGAUCCCAUGAGACCCUCUCCACGGGGACCCUAGAUCAUCUAUCAUGAACCAGGAAGCCAGGGCCAGCUCCUCAUGGAAUCCGUUAUCCUCCAGCUGGGCACCUGGAACAAGUGGGGCUGGCUUGUGAGGCUGCUCAGUAAACACUCAGAAUGGAUGAGUGCCAAGGUGAAGUUCUUUCUCCCCACCAUGGACCUGGGCUCCAGGAACGAGGCUUCGGACCCUCAGGAGAGGGUCAUCCUCCAACUCAGCAAACUGCAUGCCCAAGGCUUGGCCACCUGGCAGUCAUUCAUCCACUGCGUGUGCAUGGAGCUGGAGGUGCCUCUGGACCUGGAGGUGCAGCUGCUGAGUACUUGGGGCCAUGAAGACGGGCUCCCCAGCCAGCUGGGAACUGGUGAGGAAAGCCAGCCUGGGUCUCAGCUCCACCAUGGCCUCAAGCGCCCUCAUCAGAGCUGUGGGUCCUCACCCCACCGGAAGCAGAGCAGGAAGCAGAAGCUAGAGUUGGCCAAGAGGUACCUGCAGCUCCUGAGGACCUCUGCCCAGCAGCGCUAUGACAAUGGACUCCCUGGGUCACGGCAGCCCCUAGCCCUCCACCAGGCCUACGUCCCCCCAAUCCUGCAGUGGAGCCGGGCCACAGCACCCUUAGACACUCAAGAGGGGGCUGUUAUGGGGGACCUCAAGGCAGAAGAUGGCACUGAUGUGAGCAUCUGGGAUCUCUUCAACUCCAAGACCAACAAGGGCCCAAGGGUGACAGUGCUCUUGGGGAAAGCUGGCAUGGGCAAGACCACACUGGCCCACCGGCUCUGCCAGAAGUGGGCCAAGGGCCAGCUGGACUGCUUCCAGGCCCUGUUCCUUUUUGAAUUCCGCCAGCUCAACCUGAUCAAAAGUUUCCAGACGCUGCCCCAGCUCCUUUUUGAUCUGUACUUGAACCCCACGUCAGACCCUGAUGCUGUCUUCCAGUACCUGGAGGAGAAUGCUGAUAAAGUCCUGCUGAUCUUUGAUGGGCUGGAUGAGGCACUUCACUCCUGUUCCAACAGGGAGACUGUGGGGCCUGAUGACCCAGGUCCACCCUUUACCCUCUUCUCUGGUCUCUGCCGUGGGACCCUCCUGCCCGGCUGCUGGGUCAUGGCCACCUCCCGUCCGGGAAAGCUGCCUGCCUGCCUGCCUAGGGAGGCAGCCAUAAUCCACAUGUGGGGCUUUGAUGGGCCGAGGAUGGAGGAGUAUGUGAGUCACUUCUUCAGCAACCAGACAUUGCAGAAGGUGGCACUAGCAGAGUUUCGGGCAAAUAGACAUCUCCGGAGCAUGUGCGCAGUACCCAUACUGUGCCAGGUCGCCUGCCUCUGCCUCCGCCAUCUGCUUCCUGGCACCUCCCCAGGCCAGUCUGCAGCUCUCCUGCCCACUGUGACUCAGCUGUACAUGCAAAUGGUGCUUGCCCUCAGUCCCCCUGGAUUCCUGCCCACCACGCCCCUUCUAGGCCUUGGGGAGGUGGCCCUGAGUGGCCUGGAGACUGGGAAAGUUAUCUUCUAUGCAGAAGACAUCCCUCCACCCAUGAUGGCCUUUGGGGCAGCCCACAGCUUGCUGACCUCCUUCUGCGUCCACACAGACCCCGGGCACCAAGAGACAGGCUAUGCUUUCACCCACCUCAGCCUGCAGGAGUUUUUUGCUGCCCUGUACCUGAUGGUCAGUCCCAGGGUGAGCAAGGACAUGCUUGAAUGCCAUGUCACCCUCAAUUCCCGCUGGGUGCUUCGCACCAAAGCUAGACUGAACCUUUCAGACCACCUCCCCACCUUCCUGGCAGGCCUGGCAUCCUGCGCCUGCCGUUCCUUCCUCAGCCACCUAGCACAGCAGGACGAGGCCUGGGUGGGCACCAAGCAGACUGCUGUUGUGCAGGCAUUGAGCAAGUUGGCCACCCACAAGUGCAAGGGGCCAAAGCUCAUAGAGCUGUGUCACUGUGUGGUUGAGACACAGGAACCUGAGCUGGCUGGACUCACUGCCCAAAGCCUCCCCUAUCAACUUCCUUUCCGCAAUUUCCCACUGACCUGUGCUGACUUGGCCGCCCUGACCAACAUUCUGGAGCACAGGGAUAGCCCCAUCCACCUGGAUUUUGAGGGCUGCUCCCUAGAGCCCCACUGUCCUGAGGCUCUGGUAGGCUGUGGGCAGGUGGAGAACCUCAGCUUUAAGAGCAGGAAGUGUGGGGACGCCUUUGCUGAAUCCCUGUCCAGGAGCUUGCCAACAAUGCGGAGCCUGAAGAAGCUGGGGUUAACAGGAAGUAAGAUCACUGCCCAAGGCAUCCACCACUUGGUGCAGGCUUUGCCUCUCUGUCCACAGCUGGAAGAGAUCAGUUUUCAGGACAACCUACUCAAGGACCAGGAGAUGCUGACCAUUGCAGAGGUACUCCCUCACCUGCCGCUGCUCCGGAAGAUUGACCUGAGCCACAACAACGUCUCCGUGUCGACCCUACUCUGCUUGGCAAAGAUGGCAGUCACAUUCCCUACCGUCAGGAUGCUGCAGGUCAAGGAGGCAGACCUCAUCUUUCUCCUUUCCCCGCUCACAGAGACAGCUGAAGUGCUACAAAGAGCUUCAGACUUACCAGAAAAUGACAGCCCGAGGAAGGAGGCUCAGAGCAGAAGCCUGACACUCAGGCUCCAGAAGUGUCAGCUCCAGGUCCAUAAUGCAGAGGUCCUCAUAGCCCUGCUCCGGGAAGGUCCCCACCUGGAAGAAGUGGACCUCUCAGGGAACCAGCUGGAAGAUGAAGGCUGUCGUCUGAUGGCAGAAGCUGCACCCCAGCUGCACAUCGCCAGGAAGCUGGACCUCAGUGACAACGGGCUCUCUGUGGCUGGGGUGUGCUGUGUGCUGAGCGCAGUGAGCACGUGCUGGACCCUCACAGAGCUGCACAUCAGCCUGCUGCACAAAACUGUUGUCUUCACAUUUGCCCAAGAGCCAGAAGAGCAGGAGGAGACCUGGAAGAGGGCUGCAUUCCUUGACAGCCUCAUGACCAAGAAGCCCUCUGAGCCACACCUCAGCUCCCGAAGGAUCAGGUUGACACACUGCGGCUUCCAAGCCAAGCACCUAGAGCAGCUCUGCAAGGCACUGGGAGGAUUCUGCUCCCUUGGUCACCUCGACUUAUCAGGCAAUGCUCUGGGGGAUGAAGGUGUGGCCCUGUUGGCCCAGCUGCUCCCCGGGCUGGGCACCCUACAGUCUUUGAACCUCAGUGAGAAUGGCUUAUCCCAGGACGCCCUGUUCAGUUUGGCCUGGUGCUUCUCUGCUCUGCAGUGGAUUUUCCACGUGGACAUCAGCUUUGAAAGCCAGCACAUCCUUCUGAGAGGUGACAAGAGAAGCAGGGCUAUAUCGGCUGGUGGAUCUUUGCCAGAGUUCUCAGCAGGAGCCCAGUCCUUGGAGUUUGGUCAGCGCCUCAUCCCCAGGAGUUUUCGCCUCAAGGAGUGUCAGCUGGAGCCCCUGAGCCUCACCCGCCUCUGUGCAACUCUGGAGGAGGUCCCAGGGCCACUGGAAGUCCAAUUGUCCUGUGAGGUCCUGAGCGACCAGAGCCUGGAGACCCUGCUGCACUGCUUACCCCGACUCCCCCAGCUAAGCCUGCUGCAGCUGAGCCAAACAGUACUGUCCCCAGGAAGCCCCUUCCUGCUGGCCAACAUCUUUAGCAUGUGCCCACGAGUUCAGAAGGUGUAUCUCAGGUCCCUGCAUCAUGUGACCCUGCACUUCAGGUCUAGUGAAGAGCAGGAAGGCGUGUGCUGUGGGUUCACGGGCUGCAACCUCACCCAGGAGCAUGUGGAGUCACUGUGCUGGUUGCUGAGAAAGUGUGAAGACCUCAACCAGCUUGACCUCUCAGCAAACCUGCUGGGUGAUGACGGGCUCCGAUGCCUCCUGAAAUGUCUGCCACAGGUGCCCAUCUCUGGCUCACUUGAUCUGAGUCACAACAGCAUCUCUCAGGAAGGUGUUCUGUACCUGGUGGAGACUCUGCCCUCUUUCCCACGUGUCCAGGAGGCCUCAGUGAACCUGGGCUCUAAGCAGAGCUUCCAGAUUCACUUCUCCAAACAGGAGGAGGCUGGGAAGAUGCUAAGGCUGAGCGAGUGCGGCUUUGGGCCAGAGCACACGCCUGGCCUGGCCAGCAGCCUGAGCCAGGCCCUCCAGCUGACAGAGCUCACGCUGACGCGGUGCUGCCUGGGCUUGAAAGAGCUGACGAUCCUCCUGAGUCUGGUGAGGCGGCCAGUGGGGCUGCUCAGAUUCAGGGUGGAGGAGCCGUGGGUGGGCAGAGUUGGGGUGCUCUCCCUGCUAGAAGUCUGCACCCAGGCCUCAGGCAAUGUCACAGAAAUAAGCAUCUCCGAGACCCAGCAGCAGCUCUGUGUCCAGCUAGAAUUUCCUCGUCAGGAAGAGAAUCCAGAGGCUGUGGCCCUCAGGUUGGCUCACUGUGACCUUGGGACCCACCACAGCCUUCUGGUCAGGCAGCUGAUGGGGACAUGUGCCAGGCUGCAGCAGCUCAGCUUUUCCCAGGUUAACCUCUGUGAUGACGAUGAUGCCAGCUCUCUGCUGCUACAAGACCUCCUGCUGUCCCUCUCUGAGCUGAAGAAAUUCCGGCUGACCUCCAGCUGUGUGAGCGCUGAGGGCCUUGCCCACCUGGCAUCUGGUCUGGGCCACUGCCACCACCUGGAGGAGCUGGACUUAUCGAACAACCAGUUCUUUGAGGAGGCCACUGAGGUUCUGAUGGGGGCCCUUGAGGGGAAGUGCAGGCUGAAGAGGCUCAACCUCAGUCACCUUCCACUGGGCGGCUCUACCCUGGCCACACUCACUCAAGAACUAAGCUGCAUGACCCUCCUGCAGAGCCUCCGCUUGAGCCACAACCAGAUUGGAGACGCCGGUGCCCAGCAAUUAGCCGCCAUCCUACCAGGGCUGCCUGAGCUCAGGAAGAUAGACCUCUCAGCAAAUGGCAUCGGACCGGCUGGGGGAGUACAGUUGGUGGAGUCGCUCUCUCUUUGCAGGUGCCUGGAGGAGCUGAUCCUUGGCUGCAAUGCCCUGGGGGAUCCCACAGCCCUGAGAUUGGCUCAGAAGCUGCCCCAACACCUGAGGGUCUUGCACCUGCCAUCCAGCCGUCUGGGCCCAGAGGGGGCACUGAGCCUGGGCCAGGCCUUAGAUGGAUGCUCACAUGUGGAGGAGAUCAGCUUGGCAGAGAACAUCCUGGCCGGAGGAGUCCCACAUUUUUCAAAAGGGUUCCCACUGCUCAGACAGAUUGAACUGGUUUCCUGUGAGAUUGACAACAAGACUGCCAAGCUCCUCAUUGCCAGCUUCAUGCUCUGCCCAGCCCUGGAAGAAAUCUUGUUGUCCUGGAAUCUCCUCGGGGAUGAGGCGGCUGCUGAGCUGGCCCAGGUUCUGCCACGGAUGGCCCGAUUGAAGAGAGUAGACCUGGAGAAGAAUCAGAUCACAGCUUGUGGAGCCUGGUUCCUGGCUGAAGGGCUGGCCCUGGGGUCUGGCAUCCAAGUCAUCCGCCUCUGGAAUAACCCCAUUCCCCCCGAUGUGGUCAAGCGUCUGCAGUGCCAGGAGCCCAGGCUGGACUUUGCCUUCUUCGACAACCAGCCCCAGGCCCCUCGGGGUUCUUGACAGCUCCCUCAGGAUCCUUGGGAUCCAGCCAAGCGACGCCAACUUCACCCACCAGGACAGAAGGCUCAGAAAAAGAGCUUCAGGGCUGAGCCCGUGGCUCACUCGGGAGAGUGUGGUGCUGGGAGCGCCGAGGCCGCGG